GAAUGCGCACUAUGUUUCUUGGAAAAUUAAUAAAUUGCAUGAACACUGCAAAUUCUGCUCACCGAUAUUUUUUAUGUAUGCUAGACAAUUCGAGGGACAUCAGAGGCUUGUAAGGUAAUAAUAUUGCUCGAUGAUCCAGCAAUUUGCAAUCGAGCAAAUACCUGGUCUGCGAGAUCUUUAAACAUGCAUAUACUCUGGAUGCGCGUAAGUAAUUCAAUGCUAUAUUCUCUCGAUCAAUAGUUAUAGGAUAAGAGAGAGCUAGGAUGGACGAAGAAAAGAUGUUAUAUGCCCGAGUGCCGUGGUGUUGUCAGCAUGGCAAAUCGAUAGUAGUAAAUGAAGAUAGUAUUAAUGCAUAAUUACCCUGCUUUGCGCUAUCAAAGAUGCACAUCUGCACGAUCAGUUUGACAUCGCUUCGAGAAUGGUGUACUGGGACAAAGAUGCUAUUUACGCAUUGUCGAGUUACAAAAUUUUAGCAUGGCCUAUAGGAGUGUGGCCAAUUGAAGAUGAUAUCAUUUGUUCGAAGAUACGUUACAUUUUUGCGAUUGUAAGCGAGAUUUUGCUGAUGACAACGUUGUUGAUGGAUGUAUACCUUGCCUGCGAAAACUCCUCCGCAGAUCCAAUUGAUACGUACGUGGUGACCUCAAGCGCAAUGCUGGUAAUUGUCAAACUCACCCUGUUGCAGAUACAACGAUCCACGCUAUCGAACAGCUUACACUCCGCUAUUCAGGAUUGGUGUAACGUCAAGGAUACGAGAUCGCGCGAGAUCAUGAUCCAGUACGCACGCACGGCGAGAAUAAUUUCGUUGACCCUGUUUUACUGCGGAUUUAUCGCCCUUAUAUUUUACGUGUUGCGACUCUUACCCUUCAUAAACGCGACCACCAAUGGAAGGACGUUUGUCCUUCCAAUGUCCUGUCUCUUCGAGUCCGUCUCCAAUCUUCAGUAUGUCCUCAUUACAUUCUAUCAGGUGAUUCAGUUGCUCAUCACAUACGCUGGAAACUGUUGUACGGAGGGAAUGUUUGUCGGUGUCACAAUGCAUCUGUGCGGACAGCUCGAACUAUUGAUGAUCGAUUUUCAGCAGAUCGAUCGUCGCAAGCGUAAGCACAAAAGAGGCAGUAUCGUUGAAGAAUUCGUUAUUAGACAUCGAAAAUUAUUAAAGCUCACGGAAAACAUCGAAGAUUCCUACAGUAUAAUCAUUUUGACUCAGAUUUUUACCAGCGCCAUUUUGAUAUGCAUCACGGGCUUCGGACUUAUUGUAUCCUGGCACAUUCACGACAUAGUUAUGACGUUGAAGAGCAUUGUAAUAAUGAUCGUUAUGUUGCUGCAAUGCUUCCUGUAUUCGUACGCGGGCGAUAAUUUGAGGGAUCAAAGCGAAGCCUUGUCAUUCGCUCUUUAUGAUAGCAACUGGUGCGAUUUUCCGCCCAACGAUAUAAGAGACCUGGCAUUCAUUAUGAUAAAAACGAAUAUACCUAUUCGUCUGACCGCCGGAAAGUUUUUCUACGUCACACGUGCUACCUUCACGGAUAUUCUCAAGACUGCAGUAUCUUAUUUAUCUGCCUUACGUGUUAUGAUUGACAAACAAGAAACAAAUGGAAACGUUUUUCCUAAUACGGACGGCAUCAAGCAUAUCACAUUAUUGGUUAUUGGUAGUAGUUACAGUUAUUACCUUAAUCCGAUGGCAAGUGAACGAUGGAAAGACGAUGUCGCGUACGCGAUAACCCCUUUUAAAUUGGUAGGGUGGUCCCUUGGUGCCUGGCCACUUCAAGUUCACAACGUUUAUUCGUUAAUACGAUAUGUCUUGGGCUUCAGCUGCGCGAGCCUUAUGCUUGUCAUACCUUCUAUCGAGUUUUACUUGGGCUGCACUGACGCGGAGACAAACGUAGACUGCCUCAUGUUAGUCUGUUGCGGAAUACUUGGUAUGCUGAAGACAGUGUGGUUUCGCGUUUACGCGAGAAAUUUGGCUGACAAUUAUAGCUCCGCUAUAAAGGAUUAUCUGACGAUUGAGAAUACAAAGGAACGUGCCAUCAUGCGUAAACAUGCUUUUAUGGGAAGGACUCUUUGCUGUUUGAUUUUGGGCUUCUCUUGCUUCAGUUGCGUGAUGUACGGGCUAAUCGCUAUUAUGAGCGGAAACAAGCAUGUCAAUAUAACGAAUGGGAAUGUCAUGCUGGAGUAUCCAAUACCAUCAAAAUGCGUUAUGAAGCACUUAAAUGCUCCAGUCAGCAUGCAUAAAAUUUUCUGCCUCAUCGACACUGCUGCACUAAUACUAGCGAGUGUUGCUAAUCAUGGUAACGACGCCUUAUUUUUGAAUGUUACAUUGCACACUUGUGGCCAGGUGAAAAUAUUGAGAGCCAAUUUCCUUGAUUUUGAUGUCAAAAGUCCGCAUAUCUACGAUCGUUACAACGUAUUAGUUAAAAGACACAAGUACUUAAUAAAACUAGCCAGAGAACUUGCCGAAAUGAUUAGUUUCGUUCUGCUGAUAGAAUUAUUCAUUAUUAGUAUACUUUUGUGCAUAAUGGGAUUUCAACUUAUCCUGCAAUUAGGUAAAAAUAAUAUUGUUUUAAUUACGAAAAAUAUAAUGGUUCAAAGUACAUUUCUAAUACAAUUAACUUUAUACGGUACUAUUGGGAAUUAUUUAAAAUCCGAAAUGGAAGAUAUAGGACUUUCUGUUUAUCAAAGCACUUGGUACAAAUUUCCUGCAAAACUGACAAAACGUUUAAUCUUUAUCAUUAUGCGCUCAGAUUCUCCAGUCACCUUGCAAGCUGGAAAUUUUAUCGUGGUAAAUCUGGCAACUUAUCUGAGUAUUUUAAAAGCAUCUCUUUCGUAUCUGUCUGUACUACGUGUAAUGGUAAAAGUAUGAGAUAUAACAAAUAAAAUUCAAUAAACUGUAAAUAUAUAAUUUCA